CUCCAAAUCAACUUAGGUAAUGGAGGUCGGAAGAUCGGUAUCGUGAUUGACUCGUCGGGGUCUAACCUCGAUACCGACCCAAAUGACCUUCGCGUCGUUGCUGGUAGAACCUUGAAUAGUGCCUUGGUGACUGCUGCCGGGGCGACCGGUGGAAAGCAGCCAGAUCUCGUCACAGUUGUGGACUUCGACUAUAGUGCUACUGUCAUCUACGGCCUCGGUGACCCUGCCGGGGCCGGACCAAGCUUUAGUAGUAUUGACUCUAGCGGUGGCACCUAUAUUGCCGAGGGUGUCAAGGCAGCUUACGACGAGUUGACAAAGCAGAACUCUGGUUCUACUGCUGAUCGCACUGGUAUCAUUGUCUUGACGGACGGUGAAGACUCUUCCGCUGACGAGCUCGUCACGGAGAUUCAAAGAGCCGGGAAUGCAUCCAUCAAGGUCUCGUUCGGAUUUCUCUCUCCAAGCGGCUCCUCCCCCUCAUACCCCGAGGUCCUCAGCGCCAUUUUGAACACCGGUGGGAUCUUCCGAACCGUCGAUACCGACUCCGCCCAACAAGCGUUCAUCAGCACCGUUCUCGCCAACGGACUAACCACGAGCGACGGCGGCACCGACGUCUCCUCAAUCCUCAUCUCCGGCCUUUCCAUCGCCGCCAGCUCCAACUCGAACGGCCCGAACACAUUCACCUACACCGGCACCGCCGGCGAAAAGAUCAACAUCACCAUCACCGCCCUGGAAAAGCAGACCCUCGACGGCAGCAUCCGCGACGCCUCCGGAACCGAGCUCACAACAGGCAGCAUCAACGCGGCCGGCGUGGCGGCGCUCACGCUUGACCUCGUCAACGACGGCCCGCUCAGUGUCCUGGUGAGCGCCGCGAGCGGGUCCGGCUUGUUCACGAUCGGUCUGAACUCCUCGUUGGGGGUCAGCAACUGCACGCUCGUGCCGCCGGUUACGAACGGCACGUCGGGGGGCGGUGGGGGGAACAAUGCGACGGUAACGCCUUCGGCCCAUCUUCCGACUGCCACGGGAAAGCCUCCGCAGUUCACGGGUGCCGCGGCCGCAGUUAAUGUCGCCGGUGCUUCUACAUUUGGCCUACUUGCUUUCUUCGCUGCUGCGUUGCUCUGA